AUGCAACAGGACGUCGCAAAUCCUCGAUCGCAAGAGCAAGUCUACAAGCCCGAUCCGGUAGCGUAUCUCCAGAUGGCAUACGAACAAACCCUGAAAGCGACAUCGGACCCCGACUGGCAAGGCACGACAACGGCAAGCGGAGCGCAGCUGCACUACAAGACUGUCGAUGGUGGCGGAGAAGUUCCUCAGGUCUACGUGACCAAUCUAGGCGAUUGUCAAAUUAUGAUUCUGCGACCCAAGCAAGACAAGGUUGUCUACAAGACCAAGGAGCAGUGGCACUGGUUCGAUUGCCCGCGUCAGCUCGGCACCAACAGCCCCGACACGCCGGAGAAGAAUGCGGUCGUGGACGUGGUGGAGCUCCAGGUUGGGGAUGUGGUUCUUGCCAUGUCAGACGGUGUUAUUGACAAUCUUUGGGAGCAUGAGAUUGUCAGCAGUGUUCAGAACAGCAUUCAACGUUGGGAAAACGGAGAAGGGGGGACAGAGAAGUUCGAAGGCGACCGGACAGGCGGCGCUAACGGAGGCAUGAAGCUCGCUGCCGAGGAGUUAGUGGCUGCCGCGAAGAAGAUCGCAACCGAUCCCUUUGCGGAGAGUCCAUUCAUGGAACAUGCUAUUGAGGAGGGCCUGGCGAGCGAGGGAGGCAAACUUGACGACAUCAGCGUUGUCGCCGCUCUCGUAAGGAAGCAGUACACAUGA